GCUCAGGUUCCAAUGAUGUCCCCAAAUGGUUCAGUGCCUACUAUUUAUGUGCCUCCUGGAUAUGCCCCACAGGUUAUUGAGGAUAACGGUGUUCGAAGGGUUGUGGUGGUUCCCCAGGCUCCAGAAUUUCAUCCUGGUGGUCACGCAGUGAUACACAGGCCUCCACAUCCCCCACUGCCUGGCUUUCUUCCUCUUCCAGCCAUGAUACCCCCUCCACCACGUCAUAUAUACUCACCCGUGACUGGAGCCGGUGACAUGGCAACACAAUACAUUCCACAGUAUCACACCUCACAAGUAUAUGGGGAUCUGGAUACUCUGCCUGCUCAUGGAAGAUCCAACUUUAGAGACGAAAGGUCUAGUAAAACAUAUGAAAGGUUACAAAAAAAAUUAAAAGAUCGACAUGGAACUCAGAAGGAUAAGUUAAAUAGCCCUCCAUCAUCUCCUCAGAAAUGUCCUUCUCCUACAAGUGAACAUAAUGGACUUACAAAAGGACAGGAUGCAGCUGGUAUAAGCACAGGUUCUACCAAAAGCAAGUCUUUGGGUAAAGGAAAAAGCAAUUCUCAGACAGACACAGAAGUAGAAGAAAAGGAUGAAGAAACAAAAGCACUUGAAGCACUUCUUUCUAAUAUAGCCAAGCCAGUGGUAUCAGACAUUCAGGCAAGAACAGCACUGCUUAUGUGGUCCCCUCCAUCCAGUGAUACCAGAGAAGAUGCUGACAAGAAUGACAUACCAGAUGUUUAUACUUACGAAGUAAUGAUUUCAAAUACCGGAAAAGAUGGAAAGUACAAAACUGUAUACAUUGGAGAAGAAAAUAAAGUUACUGUAAAUGAUCUCAAGCCAGCAACUGAUUACCAUGCAAAAGUCCAAGUAGAAUGUAACUGUGUAAAGGGGAGCCCUUCAGAAGCAGAGAGUUUUACCACAGUAAGUUGUGAACCUGAUACUCCAAAUCUGCCCAGGAUAACUAAUCGGACCAAAAAUUCUCUUACUCUGCAGUGGAAGGCAUCUUAUGAUAACGGUUCUAAAAUCCACAGUUACCUUCUAGAAUGGGAUGAAGGAAAAGGAAAUGGAGAGUUUUGCCAGUGUUAUUAUGGCCAACAAAAGCAGUAUAGGAUUACUAAACUAUCACCAGCAAUGGGAUACACCUUUAGACUAGCAGCCAAAAAUGACGUGGGAAUGAGUGGUUUUAGUGAAGAAGUCCUGUAUCAUACCUCAGGCACUGCCCCGACCACACCAGCAAGUCCUUUGCUGAUUAAUGCUGGAGUUACUUGGUUAUCCCUACAGUGGACAAAACCCUCAGGAACACCAUCAGAUGAAGGAAUCUCGUAUAUAUUAGAGAUGGAGGAUGAGAACUCAGGAUAUGGUUUCAAGCCAAAAUAUGAUGGUGACGAUCUUACCUACACAGUGAAGAACUUGAGGCGUAGUACAAAAUACAAAUUUAGGGUCAUUGCCUAUAACUCAGAAGGGAAAAGCAGUCCAAGUGAGACAGUAGAAUACAUUACUUGUCCAGACAAGCCUGGAGUACCUUCAAAACCAACAGUGAAAGGAAAAAUUCACGCACAGAGUUUUAAAAUAACCUGGGAUCCCCCAAAAGACAACGGAGGAGCAGCAAUAAAUACAUAUGUUGUGGAAAUGUCUGAAGGCAUAAAUGGAAACAAAUGGGACACGAUAUACAGCGGAGCUGCUAGGGAACAUGUGUGCGACCGACUAAAUCCUGGCUGUUCCUAUCGCUUACGUGUAUAUUGCGUUGGGGAAGGAGGACAAAGCACGGCAUCUGAUUCUUUACUGGUGCAGACACCAGCAGUGGUUCCUGGUCCAUGCCAACCUCCAAGGCUACAGGGUAGACCAAGAGCAAGAGAAAUUCAGCUGCGCUGGGGACCACCUCAGGUAGACGGUGGUUCACCCAUUACGUGUUACGGUCUGGAAAUGUUUCAUACAGAAACCGAUGAACAUAAAGAGGUGUACCAAGGCUGUGAUGUUGAAUGCACAGUAGGCAGCCUUCUUCCAGGGAGGAUGUACAACUUCAGACUGCGAGCAGCUAACAAGGCUGGGUUUGGACCUUAUUCAGAAAAAUGUGAAAUAACUACAGCACCUGGACCACCAGAUCAGUGCAAGCCCCCCCAAGUGGCAUGCCGAUCUUCUGCAUGUGCUCAGGUGUCAUGGGAGGUUCCAGUGAGUAAUGGAGCUGACGUCACAGAGUAUCGGCUGGAGUGGGGCGGUGUAGAAGGAUGCAUGCAGAUCUCCUAUUGUGGGCCCGGGAUCAACUGUGAAAUGAAAGGGCUUUUGCCUGCCACUAUAUACUAUUGCAGGGUUCAGGCAGUGAAUGUUGCAGGUGCGGGCCCUUUCAGUGAAGUAGUGGCAUGUAUGACUCCAGCCUCUGUACCUGCAGUUGUGACUUGUCUUCGAGGACUAAGUGAAGAUGAAGUUGAAAGUCCACACUAUUCUCCUUCCACAUGCCUUGCUAUAAGCUGGGAAAAACCUUGUGACCAUGGAUCUGAAAUCCUUGGCUACAGCAUAGACUUUGGAGAUAAGCAGCCAAUAACUGUUGGGAAGGUUCUGAGCUAUUCUAUAGAUGGCUUACAGCCAGAUACUACCUACAGAGUACGAAUUCAAGCCCUAAACAGUCUCGGAGCGGGUCCUUUCAGCCACACCAUAAAACUGAAAACAAAACCUCUCCCCCCGGAUCCACCUCGCCUGGAAUGUGCUGCAUACAGUUCUCAGACUCUCAAGCUGAAGUGGGGAGAGGGAACUGCAAAAGCACUAACUGACUCCAUUCAGUACCACCUUCAGAUGGAGGAUAAGAACGGAAGGUUUGUAUCCUUAUACAGAGGACCAUGUCAUACAUACAAAGUACAAAGACUCAGUGAGUCAACAUCAUACAAAUUUUGUAUUCAGGCGUGUAAUGAAGCUGGUGAAGGUCCCCUUUCUCAAGAAUAUGUUUUCACUACUCCCAAAUCUGUUCCAGCUGCCUUGAAAGCACCAAGGAUAGAGAGAGUAAACGAUCACACUUGUGACAUCACAUGGGAGGUUCUGCAGUCCAUGAAGGGUGAUCCAGUUAUCUACUGUCUUCAGGUCAUGGUGGGAAAAGACUCGGAGUUCAAACAGGUUUAUAAGGGUCCGGACUGGUCAUUCCGAUACACAGGCCUCCAGCUGAACUGUGAAUACCGUUUCCGUGCGUGUGCCAUUCGACAGUGCCAAGAGACAGUAGGUCAUCAGGACCUGGUAGGCCCCUACAGUGCACCAGUGCUAUUCAUCUCUCAGAGGACUGAACCACCGGCGAGCACCAACAAGGACGCUGUGCAAACCACAAGGACACAAUGGUCACAGAGCGACCAAGUGUGCGCUGCUGUCAUCCUUGCACUUUUUGCUAUCUUUUCCAUUCUGAUCGCUGUUAUCAUUCAGUACUUCGUAAUAAAGUGAAGAAA